ACCGCAUGGCUGUUAGAGAAUAUUGUGUCAGAAAGUAUAAAUAGUGCAUCCACAUUGCAGAGAUGCUUUAUCGAACUGGACCUUCACAGUGAUCUCAUUACUCCAAUAAGUUUGGAGUAGUAGUAAUAAGUUCUUUAGAUUAAUUUACCCUGCAGACGUUUUCAUUCUGUUAAAUUUUUGAUUACAUUUUAAAAUUCAAGAAAGGCAUAUUUUGACAGUAAUUUUAACUACAAAAAACCUCCGAUUUUUUCUAAUCGGAUUUUCGUUUUAAUCUUCGCGCGCUGGAGAUGUGGUGGAUGCUGUUUCCCCGGUGGAUCUGGUUCUUACUCUGCCUAGGAGUCUGUAUGGACCACCGGGUCAGGACCAUGUCGGUGGCCCGGGUAGCCUAUUCCCAUGCGGGCAUCUGCCCCAACGAGAUGAACCCUAACUUGUGGGUGGACGCCAUGAGUACCUGCAUGCGGGAAUGCGAAUCUGACCAGGAAUGUGAGACUUUUGAAAAAUGUUGUGCCAACGUGUGCGGCAAUCAGAGUUGUGUCGCGGCUCGUUACGUCGACGGGAAGAAGGGUCCGGUUGGAAUGCCCAAGGAGGCCACAUGCGCCAGCUUCAUGUGCACGCAGCAGGGCUCCGAGUGCGACAUCUGGGACGGGCAGCCCGUGUGCAAGUGUCGAGACCGCUGCGAGAGAGAGCCGCACUUCACCUGCGCCUCUGACGGUAUGACCUACUAUAACAAGUGCUACAUGGACGCAGAGGCCUGCUCCAAGGGCAUCUCUCUCUCCGUGGUCACCUGUCGCUUCCACCACACCUGGCCCAACACCAGCCCUCCGUCGCCUGUGGAGACCACCGUCCGACCAACCACGGCCCCUCUCCAGGAGACCACCCCGCCCGCCAAAGAGUCCCAGGCGCCCGUCCUGACCAGCAGCCCCUCCCACCAGUCGGUAACCGUUGGCGACACGGCUAGCUUCCUGUGCGAUAUCAGCGGGCGUCCGCAGCCGGAGAUCAGCUGGGAGCGGCAGGAGGCAGAGGGGGUGGAGCGGAUCGUCAUGACGCCCAACCACGUCCAAGGCAAUGUGGUGGUCACCAACAUCGGCCAGCUGGUCAUCUACAACGCCCAGCCCCAGGACUCUGGCAUCUACACCUGCACGGCCCAGAACCCCGCUGGCUCCGCACAGGCCCACCACCCCCUCACCGUGCUCCCCCGGGAGACCCUGAGAAGCCUCCAGCCAGAGAACCAGACCCGCUGCCAGGCCGAGGAAUGCAUGAGACCCCCCGACGUGGAGGAGGAAUGCGCCGAGGAGAAGGUGAGCUGGUACUACGAGCCCAAGAGGAACACCUGCCUGUCGUUCGCCCACGGCAGCUGCGGCUCCGGCAGGAAGAGCCUGGACAGCUACGAGGCGUGCAUGCUGUGCUGCGGCCCCGACUUGGCCGAGCCCUGCAGCCUCCCCAGCCUCCAGGGGCCCUGCAAGGCCUACGAGCCGCGUUGGGUCUACAGCAGCACCCUGAGGCAGUGCCAGUCCUUCAUCUACGGCGGCUGCAGCGGCAACGACAACAACUUUGAGUCCAAAGAGGCCUGCGAGGAGAUGUGCCCCUUCCCCAAGAACCACCACUGCAAGGCCUGCAAACCCAGGGGCAAGAUGGUGACCAGUUUCUGCAAGAGCGACUUUGUCAUCCUGGGACGCAUGUCGGGGCUCACUGAGGACAAGGACUCGGGCCAGGCCCUGGUGACCGUGGAGGAGAUCCUGAAGGACGAGAAGAUGGGCCUGAGGUUCUUCGGCAAGGAGCCCCUGGAGGUCACCUUCCUGAACAUGGACUGGAACUGCCCCUGCCCCAACAUCACGGGCGUGGCCAGCGAGGGCCAGGUCAUCGUCAUGGGAGACGUGAGAGAUGGGAUGGCGGUGCUGCAGUCGGAGAGCUACGUGGGGGCGUCCAGCACCCGCCGCGUACGGAAGCUCAGAGAGGUCAUCUCCAAGAACACCUGUGACAUUCUCAAAGAGUUCCCCAGUAUUCAGUAAGCAGGACUGAGGAGGCUUUGGUGACCGUCUUUCACACAUGUGAGAACCUCUCCACACACACACACACACACACAUACAUACAUCUCCACACGCAUGCAGCGUUGCACACCUUCACAUACACACACUUUCGCACAUCUCCACACAAACACACUCCUCCUCACAUCUCCACACACGCACACAGACUCACCCAAACACUGACAGUCACGAUAGACCUAACAUCAUAUUACAUUGAUUAUCAAUGAUGUUUAGUUUUAAGACAAUCCAUACGAUCACUGUUUGAUAAAUGGCUUGGUGCAUGUCGUACAUUCACAUUGAUGAAUGUUGUCAAAUAACAUCCAUUGUGAAAAUAGAGUAAAACUAAAAUCUGUUAUAAUCUGUAUAGUUUUUCCAAGACGUUCUGCAUGUGUAGUAACCACAGCAUGUUCCUCAUCCUUUUUCUUUAUUUAACUUCCAUUAGUCUUUCUUGUUGUUCUAUACCUCCUUCCUCAUAUGCAUUGAAACAUAUAACAUAACAUAUCGUUUCGAAAAAACUAUUUCAGUCUUUCAAGUCCAGAAAAACAUGCAAGAGAAUUCCCAGACCUCUCUGUGGAGCGGUUCUGUUGUGGUGCCGAUGCUGGUUCUAAAUUCAUCUAGCAUGUUUGUGGACACCGGAGACAUCCAUCACAGUUCUCAGGCCCCCCAGUCUCGCCCCUCAGUGUCCCUGUGGUCUCUCUCCCCCCCUCUUUAUC